CUAUACCCCCGUCGCAGAUUUAUAGCCGAAGCAUCAAAUAUGUCUCCUCAAGAAAUCAGUGUGUUUACUCUUCUUUCCAUUCCGCUCCUAGCUUCUCCGACUUAUAAUCGCCAACCAAAAAAUGGCGACCUCCGUUCCCGACAAUCUCAGCCGCGACCAGUACGUCUACCUAGCCAAGCUCGCCGAGCAAGCUGAGCGCUAUGAGGAGAUGGUACAGUUCAUGCAGAAGCUCGUCCUCGGCGCCACUCCUGCCGCCGAGCUCACCGUUGAGGAGCGCAACCUCCUCUCUGUCGCCUACAAGAACGUGAUCGGUUCGCUCCGGGCGGCCUGGCGUAUCGUCUCCUCGAUCGAGCAGAAGGAGGAAGGUCGCAAGAACGAGGAGCACGUGGUUCUUGUAAAGGAGUACAGAUCGAAGAUAGAGGCGGAGCUUUCGGAGGUGUGCUACAGCAUCCUGAAGUUAUUGGAUUCGAACCUGAUCCCGUCAGCCUCUUCGAGCGAGUCGAACGUGUUUUAUCUGAAGAUGAAGGGGGAUUAUCAUCGGUACUUGGCGGAGUUCAGGAUUGGGGAUGAGAGGAAGGCUGCUGCUGAAGAUACUAUGGCGGCUUACAAGGCUGCUCAGGAUAUCGCGACUGCGGAUCUUGCACCAACGCACCCAAUACGUCUUGGGCUGGCGCUGAAUUUCACGGUGUUCUACUACGAGAUUCUUAAUCAAUCUGACAAGGCCUGUAGCAUGGCUAAACAGUGUUUUGAGGAAGCCAUUGCCGAACUUGACACUUUGGGAGAAGAAUCUUACAAGGAUAGCACCCUCAUCAUGCAACUCCUUAGAGAUAACCUCACUCUUUGGACUUCAGAUGCUCAGGACCAGUUAGAUGAGCCAUAGAAGAUCUCGUAAUGUGGUUGGUCCUAUUCUUCUUCUAGAGGAGGUGGGCUUUGAAUGUCAUUUGCGUGUGAUUCUGUGUGUAAACUAAAAUGGCCAUCAACCAUUGGCAUCUUGUUUCAAUUUUCAGACUAAUCUUGUUUUUUAAUUCCACAAGUGAUUAAGAUAGCUUUUGAUAGCUGUGUACCGACUUUCCAAUAUCCAAUAUGCAAGGCAGUGUUAGUUUCGGUUUUCUGUGUUGUCUCUUCAUAGAGAAAAACAGAGUUCAAAUGCAUUACAAUCUGUAUAAAGUGUUUUGUCAAUUGUCCU